AAUCCACAAAUCUGGUACCAAAAGAUAAAUAAAUAAAUAAAUAAAUAAUCUCCCAUUCUGCUAUCAAAAAAACAAUCAAUGAACACCCAUUAUUAAACCCUACAUAAAUUCACUUUUAUUUAUUUUUCCUCAAAUCUACAUCUUCUGAUCUCUUCCCAUUUUUUUCCUUCCGUUCCAUAAUAAUUUUCUCUAGAAAACUGUGUUUAGAAAAGUCUCAGAUUUGUUCACAGAACCCUUAUCCUGCGAGUCAAUUUGGAAAUAAUAGAGAUCGAAUUGGACAUGGGGUUUCUGGUGACAACCCUUAUUUUCCUUGUGGUUGGGAUCAUCGCGUCUCUAUGCACUAGAAUCUGCUGCAACAGAGGACCCUCUGCAAAUCUGUUACACCUGACAUUGAUUAUUACUGCAACAGUAUGCUGCUGGAUGAUGUAAGUUGUUGUCCCUUGUUUAAGUAAAAACUAGAUUUGUAUUGCGCACAUGCCAUCAUCAAUCUUCCUACUUCUUUAGGAGUAAUAUGAUUUCAACCCUACACAAUCACAAUUAUUGCUGUGCCCAACUAGGUUUUCUUUGGAUUCUUAUUUUUAUUUUUUAGGUGGGAGUCAGAAGCGGAAUAUGUUCACAUUACUGCAUAUGCGUAUCACUUGUUAAAAGCAGUGUUCUAAAAGGCGUAAGAUAUGACAAGCUUCAAGCUUUACGAGCUUAGGCGAGGCC